GAGUGCCGGACUUACCACGGUGCAAGCCUAGCUCCCCCACCCCCACCCCUUUGGUUUCAGUGUUUCUGUUUGGGACUGCAGCUUAAUGGAGUUUAGGGGGCUGCGGGAUUUCUUUUUUUCCUAGAAUGGCUUGGAGGGCGGUUCAGGAAAGUAAAGUGAAGCAGUGAUUUCUUCACUUCCUGCUCUUGGGUUUCCUAGAUUGGAGAGGGAAAUUUUGGCUUCUGCAAGGAAAGCUCAGCCUGCCUCUGUCGUCCAGAGUAAAGGUACCAGAAGAGAAGUUACACCAAGUGGUGCAGGAAAUCUCCCAAACGUUAAGGAUGCAGCUUGGUCUCCAUGCAGCGGCAGUGGAAGAGGUACACCUUAUGAGAAAUCAACAGGUGGCCAUGGCGGAAGGGCAGAGACCACCAGUGUCCUUUGAGGAAGUGGCUGUAUUCUUCACAGAAGAGGAAUGGGCAGUGCUGGAUCCAGACCAGAAAGCUCUCUACCAGGAAGUUAUGGAGGAAAAUUAUGAGACGGUGAUCUCUUUGGGAUUCUCAGUUCUGGGACCAAACCUUCUUUCCCUGGAACAUCAAGAGGAAGGAUGGCUCCUCCAUAGCUCUGAGGAAGCGGCAAGAUGGGACAACAUCAGAUUCACAGCAGCAGGCGUGAGGGAAACCGAGAGUGAGGGAGAAACAGCUGGGGGAUAUUCAGGAAGAGAUGAGAAUCUGGAGGUUGGAGAGGAAACUGGGAAUCAAGAUAGAUCAAAGCAGCGACAAAGGAGGAAACCCAGUCUUAAAAGACGUCAGAGGCUGCAGACAGGAGAGAAACUAUAUAAACACACAGGAUGUGAAAAUAACAUUAAUAAAAGGAAGAACCUUACUUCAUCCCCGAAGUGCCAUACAGGAGAGAAACGGUACACAUGUCCAGAGUGUAAUGAGAGCUUCAGUCAGAAUAGAGAUUUUGUUGCUCACCGAAGAGUGCACACAGGGGAGAAGCCAUACAAAUGUUUUGAGUGUGGAAAGAGUUUUCGCAGGAACGACCACCUGACUUCGCACCGAAGAGUGCACACUGGGGAGAAGCCGUAUCAAUGCUUUGAGUGCGGGAAGUCCUUCUGCCGGAGCACAAGCCUUACUUUGCAUCAAAGGAUGCACACGGGUGAUAAACCGUAUCGGUGUUCGGAGUGCGGGAUGCGCUUCAGUCAGUAUGCUCACCUUUUUUCUCAUGCAGGAAUCCACAAAGGAGAGAAACUGUAUAAAUGUUUGGAGUGCAGCAAAAGCUUCAUUCGGAGAGCACACCUUAUCUCACAUCAAAGCAUCCAUACAGGGGAGAGGCCCUACAAAUGCCCUGAAUGUGGAAAGAGCUUCCGUCGGAGUGACCACCUGACCUCUCACCUCAGAGUCCACAGGGAGUAGGAACUGUGUCAAGGAAGGCUUUCUGCAGAUACUGAGCACUGCUAUCUUCUGCUGGGCCCAGAAUUUUUAUUUUAGAAAUGCUUGGAGUGCUAUUUUAAUUUAAUUUUUUUUUUUACAAAAA